GAGACUCCCAGCCGGUGGCUCCCGCGCUCCAGCUGCCCAACUGUACCUCACUCCCCAUCACAAGUUUGCCUAACACUGGCCAAGUAGUCGAAUCUGGGACCCAGAUGCUGCUUGUGCCUUGGGCGGCUCCGGACAUGGCCUGGCUGGAGGCUUUACCCUACGUUUGUGGAUGGCUGAUUCUCCGCAGCUGUCUCCUGGUCGGAGCGCAGCUGGAUUCUGAUGGCAUCAUCACUAUAGAAGAGCAGAUCAUUCUUAUUAUGAAAGCUAAAGUGCAGUGUGAGCUCAACAUCACCACUCAACUCCAAGAAGGAGAAGGCAAUUGCUUCCCAGAAUGGGAUGGACUUAUUUGUUGGCCUAGAGGAACAGUGGGGAAAAUAUCAGCUGUGCCAUGCCCUCCUUAUAUUUAUGACUUCAAUCAUAAAGGAGUUGCUUUCCGGCACUGUACCCCCAACGGAACGUGGGAUUUCAUUCAUAGCUCAAAUAAAACAUGGGCUAAUUAUUCAGACUGCUUUCUGCAGCCAGAUACCAGCAUAGGAAAGCAAGAGUUCUUUGAAAGCCUCUAUGUCCUGUAUACUGUUGGCUACUCUAUCUCUUUUGGCUCCUUGGCUGUGGCCAUUCUAAUCAUUGGCUACUUCAGACGAUUGCACUGCACUAGGAACUAUAUCCACCUGCACUUGUUUGUGUCCUUCAUGCUGAGAGCUGUGAGCAUCUUUGUCAAGGACAGAGUGGCCCAGGCUCACCUAGGAAUAGAGGCGCUGCAGUCUUUGGUGAUGCAGGGUGACCUUCAGAACUUCAUCAGAGGACCUGCUGUGGACAAAUCUCAGUAUGUCGGGUGUAAGAUCGCCGUUGUGAUGUUUGUUUACUUCUUGGCUACAAACUAUUAUUGGAUCCUGGUGGAAGGGCUCUACCUACAUAACUUAAUCUUUGUGUCUUUCUUUUCGGACACCAAAUACCUGUGGGGCUUUAUCUUGAUAGGCUGGGGAUUUCCAGCGGUGUUUGUUGUUGCUUGGGCGGUGGUCCGGGCCACUCUGGCAGACACCAGGUGUUGGGAACUUAGUGCUGGAGACCGGUGGAUUUACCAGGCUCCAAUCUUAGCUGCUAUUGGGCUGAAUUUUAUUCUGUUCCUGAAUACAGUUAGAGUUCUCGCUACCAAGAUUUGGGAGACCAAUGCAGUUGGGCACGACAUGAGGAAGCAGUACAGGAAACUGGCUAAGUCAACGCUGGUGCUGGUGCUGGUGUUCGGUGUACAUUACAUCGUGUUCAUCUGCCAGCCGCACUCCUUCUCCGGGCUCUGGUGGGAGAUCCGCAUGCACUGUGAGCUCUUCUUCAACUCCUUCCAGGGUUUCUUCGUGUCUAUUGUCUACUGUUACUGCAAUGGAGAGGUGCAGGCUGAGAUGAAGAAGAUGUGGACUCGGUGGAACUUGUCUAUCGACUGGAAAAGCACGCCACCUUGUGGUGGCCACAGGUACGGCUCAGUGCUCACCACUGUCACUCACAGCACCAGCAGCCAGUCACAGAUGGGGGCAGGCACCCGACUGGUGCUCUUCUCUGGCAAACCCACCAAGAAUGCCAGCGGACAGAUCGACAGCCAUGUGACUCUGCCUGGCUACGUCUGGAGUAAUUCCGAGCAGGACUGUCAGCCGCACUCCACCCCCGAGGAGACUGAAGAAGGUCUUGGGAGGCAGGGAGACGAUACUCCAGUAGGGGGGCCUUCCAGGCCAGUGGUGUUCAUCCUAGACUCCGAAGGAUGCAAAGGACAAACCGAACGUUUCUGAGUCACCAUUUGUGGCUCCAGUGAUUUGGCGGAUCUGGUGUAGGAGAUAACCCAAGCUGGAAGACUGGAAUUCUGGAAUAACGCUUUGCUUAAACAUUUUCACUUUCCACCAGCUGGCUACUAAAAGUAUUCAUGCAUAAAAGGGUAUUAUUGAGGUAGUUUAUUAACUUACGUUGGCAUUAUUCCUCCUAAAAUUAGUACUUUCUCUGUGGUUCUUAUUAUUUUACUUCUUUUGCACAGAAAAGGUUUCAAAUGCUUGGCUCUGUCUUUCUCUCAGAAAUAUCACCCUGAAUAUGAUAAGAUCAGUAAGUUUGCACCACUUUCCUUUAAAGCAACCACUGAUCUCUGUCUUUCUCAUUUUAGUGAACUUCCAUGAUUGCACUCAUCUUGACUAUGUAGUGGAGCAAUCAAGGAAUGUACAUUGGAAGACAGAUUCUAAGACAUGCUAGAAAAUCAAUUGACUGGGCAUUAGUAAAGUGAUACAUUCCUGACAGUUAUGAUUGAUUCUAGGAGCAAAGAAACCCACUCUGUUUUUCCUUUGAAUAUCCCCUGUAUGAUGAGCCAAAAUCUUCUCUUGCUCUUCUUUUUCGUAAGCCAUGACAAGUCAAAGGUUUUCUCAGUCAGUGACCUUGUGUUUGAAAGCUGAUUCUGUGUGGGCUCGCGCAUCCUGAUGCUAACCCACACUGCAUCUUUGUCUGUUCUGUUGUCUGCUAUGUGACAGAUGGUA